AUGGCACUUCCGGUUUUUCUCAGAAAUCUUGUAAAUUCUCCCAGCGGUUUGGGCCAUUUUCAAGUUCUCACUGAGGCACGAGAACGAGGCAAAGUACGAAUUAAGAGUCAUGAAACGACGAUCGACGACGCUGGAGCUCGUUCAAGGAGGUCGUUUAUCGCUGUGUUAAUAGCUAAUCGCGAUGUCUUCUCCAAUUUGCCGGAAAGGAUUGAGCAGUGGCUUGAGAAGGAAACAAGGGCUACAAAUCAACCCGAAGCGACCGAACACGGAAGAGAUGAGUCAGACAGAUUAGCACGAUCAGACACGAAAAAGCAACUGGAAUGUUUUCAAGCAGAAAUAAACGCGAAUACUCAAAGGGAGAAAGAGCUGAAAGAACAAUGUAAAGCUCUUUUGGGAAGCAAAGAUGAAGAAUUGAGGGAGAUGAAAAUGAGUGAAAAACUGGUGAGAAAGGAUCAGAGAAAGGUGGAAGACACGGCGGCAGCAAAUAGGCCCUCGGAAGUGGAAAAAGACUUCGCUGCUUUUUUUGACAACGAGAGAAUAGACGCCAUAGAAAAAAUGCAAACCGUUUAUGGAUCUGAGGAAGACAAUGACAUUGGUAUCUCUUACCGGCCCUCGACUAGCCUGCAUGAUAUUUGAGGCGGCUUACGGGAAGACGACCGAAGCAAAGGAUUCAGCACUUCAUGUUUUCAGAGAAACAAUCAAUGAAAUGAUUAAGAAAGCUCCGGAACUGGGAGAAGAUUACUUGCUUUCGGAAAAGAUGAUCAAGUCCAAGCUAUCGUCACACAGAGUCAUUUUGAAGAUACCAACAUGCAGCCAGGAAUUGAAGUACCCGACUGAGGUUCCAGAUGCUGUCAUGCUUUCCUUGAAAGAAACUGCGCACCUUUGCAGCCUUGAGUCCAUGAAAGAGGUAUGUUACUAAUAGCUAUAUAGGUAACUGCUUUGAGUUCCCAUUCAAUUUUUACAAAGCCUCCUAUCAUCUCUUACAAAAAGGGAAAAUCCUUUAAGGCAAGCUUGUGAGAGCAAGAAUUUACUUAGAAGGCGAUUGUGCGUCGCGACUACAAACACCACAUGGGAAGUCCGUGCCGGUCUGUCUUUACCUUUAUUCUCAUGGCAAUAUCAAGUGAAUAUCUAGCAUGUCAGCUAGAGAUCAAAUUCGCCGCGAUCGGCGAAUAAAAUCGAAAGUGCAAAGUCAUCGUUUUAACUAACUUCGUAUUCGUUGUCCGCACUGUAAAUUAAGAAUUCUCGUUUUUUCUGCUCUCAUUAGAUUUGAGUGGGAAAUAACAUGUUCCUAACUAACUGAACUGACCUCGAACCUGGUUAGUAAGAGGUGGUUUCUCUUUACAUUUGUUUGGUCCAUUUCGCUUGCAAUAAGGGCUUAGACCUUCUAAAAGUCUCGAAAAUGGACCCGAAAGUGGCUUUUUCAAUUGGAAAGAGCUGGCCCCUCCAAAUGAGAAAUCAAAUCACCGCUCGUUCGGCCGGUGAUGAGAUUGCAUGCUAUUUGUGGCCUGUACUCUUAGACGGAGGAGGACGAGUCAUUCGACCUGGAGAAGUCCUUUGUAAAGUGGAAGCUGAGGCGAUAUAAAAGCUGAAUUGAAAUUGGUGUAUCAAGGGUAAAUAUUUGACACUGAUUGGCGGAAAAACGGGGCUUCUAUUUCUUACCCUCCAAAUAUUUAUUGGAUGGAAAAAAGGCAGCGCUGUACUUUAUUCAAAAUUAUUUUAAAAUGUCAAUGAGAGUGUUUUUUGCGUAAAGUUUUAAAGCUCCUCUGACACGACGAACGAAUUAAAUUUUUAGUGGAGAAUGUAACCGUAAUACGUGAUCUUACCUUGCAGGAAGAAUUUGCUUUAAAACGUUGGGUUUGAUUAUAUUAUUCUAGAUCUUGCUCAGGAAGUGUAGGAGCAGUUUUCUUACAGGUUAUUAGUAGAGUGAAGAGUUAUAAUAAUUGAAGCAGGAAAUCCGAUAUUUCUUUUGUUUUUGAAAUAGCCUAGUCCUCCAUGUGAACAUGAAUGGACUUUUAUUUUAGCAGAAAAGUGCUCAGUUAUUUACAUCCAAUUUAUCAGCCUCACUUAAAUGCUAAUAGAUUACCAGGUUACUCUUGCCCAAUAGUUGUGACUGAGGCUUGGCGGGGAACUUACAUGCAGAAAGAGGGCUGAGUUUACGGACAAAGUUAACUAAGUGCAAUCUCGGGAGGAAUUUUGGGAAGAAAUUUGUAAAAUUUUGUUCCAAUUGCUGCUUUCUCUAAUUUCCAUUAAGAAAAGUAUCAUAUCUUUGGCUUUUUCAAAGCAAACUGAAUGAAGUUAAUUUAAAUUAAAACCUCUUUAAUACUUGAUAAUAAAAACAAAAUAAUUAUGA